ACGUGACUUGUGUUCCUAGAUGCGCUUGGAGUGAGCUGUAAGCGGCGUCGGAGCUAGGUCUUUACAGCCGGAUUUCGUCCUUCAUUCAUUCUGUUCUAAUUCCUUUACUACCAUGGUCGUGGGCCCCGAAGAAAGCAAGGGCAAUGACUCUGAAGUCAAUACAGUGCUGAAGUCUUUGGAUGACCCAAAAACAGCAGGACUCAUUCUAGAAGAGCAGGCAAACAUCCUGAAGAAUAUCCUUGGCGACCCAUCAGUGCUUAAACUGAUUCGCGCCCAUGACAGACUGGAGGAAGGUCGUAAGAAGGUGGAGAAUGAUGAUACUAAUAAACUGGUCAAGCAAGUCUUGGAGGAACUUGAACCCCAAGUGGGUAGUGAUGACAGUGCAGCUGAGCUAUGUGGCUUGUUACAAGAACCGCAUUUCAGGGCACUGAUGCAGACGCAUGAUGCUGUAGCGUUUAAGACCUACAUGCCCACACCUCCAUCUCCUGGUGUUGAUAGCUUUAAUGGGUUUGCAGCAGGGGAGCCCAUCCGCAUGGUUGGCUUGCACAAACAUGCAAAUGAACAUCUGGGAGUGACUCUCAAGGUAGAGGACAACCAGCUGAUUAUUUCUAGGAUUAUUCAUGGCGGGAUGAUUGAUAGACAAGGCUUGUUACAUGUUGGGGACAUCAUUAAGGAGGUGAAUGGCAAGGAUAUGAGUGGGAAUCCUUCUGAACUUCAAGACUACCUGGCCAAGUCCACUGGAAAAAUCACCCUUAAAGUUCUGCCUAGUUACUACGAGUCCCCGGCCCUGUGCCAGGUGUUUGUGAGGGCUCAUUUUGACUAUGACCCAAGCAAGGAUGACCAGAUUCCAUGCCAAGAUGCAGGGCUGGCCUUCAAGCAGGGAGAGGUUUUGCAAAUCGUCGACCAGGAGGACGCAAACUGGUGGCAGGCAAAAAAGGUCGAUGACUCUAGAGCCGCGGGGAUUAUUCCGAGUCAGAUUUGCGAAGAAAGAAGAAGAGCUGGUGUGAAGAAAGACAAACCUGGGAGCAAAUUCUUGUGUGGAAGCAAAAAGAAACAGAAAGUCAUGUACAAAUCAUCAAAGAACUUUGAUUUUGAGAAGCACGAGCUCCCAAUCUAUGAAGAAGUCGCCAAGAUGCCUCCUUUCCAGAGGAAGACAUUAGUCAUGAUCGGUGCUCAGGGCGUCGGUAGACGAACCCUCAAGAACAAGCUCAUCAUGUCAGACAGAAAGAGAUUCGGGACGACCAUACCGCAUACGAGUCGGCAGAUGCGCGAGGGAGAGCAGAGCGGCAGAGGAUACUUCUUUGUGAGCCGCGAGGAAAUGGAACGUGACAUAAGAGCUGGCAAAUACCUGGAGUUCGGCGAGUACGGUGGUAACAUGUACGGUACCAAAAUCGACACAAUCCGAGAAGUGAUGCGUUCAGGAAAGAUGUGCGUUGUAGAUGUCAACCCAACGGCUCUGAAGGUUUUAAAAACGCCCGAGUUUAUGCCGUACAUUGUCUGCAUCGCUUCACCAUCUUUCGAGGAAUUGAAGGAGUUUCAAAGCAAAGCGCUUUCAGAGGGAAUCGUCAACAAGAAGCGAUCGGAUGAUGAGCUCCGUAAGACGGUCGAAGACUCCGAGCGCCUGUACAACUCGUACGCACAUUACUUUGACCUCACUAUCGCCAACGACAAUGUUGAGGAGGCUUUUAAUAAGCUCCAGAACGCCAUCGAGUCUCUAAGUACUCAUCCCCAGUGGGUACCUGUUAGUUGGGUUUACUAGAUACACCCAGCCCUAGUGGGUAGUACCUGUUAGUUGGGUUUACUAGAUACACCCAGCCCUAGUGGGUAGUACCUGUUAGCUGGGUUUAUUAGGUACACCCAGCCCUAGUAGGUACCUGUUAGCUGGGUUUAUUAGGCAAACCAAGCCCCAGUGGGUGCCUGUUGGGUUUAUUAGAUACACCCAGCCCUAGUGGGUGCCUGUUAGCUAGGUUUAUUCUAUACGAGACAACGGCGCAAAUGUUUUGCCGACCAUUCUAUGGGUUAAAAUGGAACAUAGACGGCUCUUCUUAUUCAAUGAGCAUCAGUACAAUUUUAGAUACUGUAUACAGGACUCGGCCUAAGAAAGUGAUUUAUAGAACUGAUAACUUUUCCAUGUGCGUCCAUGCGAACCGGUAUUGAUUUUAUAGAGGAGUCCUGCUUUCAAUAUAAAAGUCAUGAAACUGUGUAAGUGUAAUCUUUAUAAAGUUUUUUUUAACGUUUCGAUUUGGACACAAAAUGUUUGUCAUGAACGCGUAAAACUGGUAAGAACUUUUUAAAAUGGAUUCUCGUGUGCUUUUUGAGAGCCUCGUAAAAAGUGAUUGUGUAGUUAAAGACAGCUUUAUUAUAGGUAAAAGAAAAUUUUCGGUUGUGCGCGAAACCCGACAACAAAAAAAGUAUAAUAUUUCUGGCGUAAUGAUCUUUUAUUUCGGGAUUUGACUAAGUAUAUAUAGUGUUAUGUGAUUUUGCAUGUCUUUAUCGUUCGUAUUUGUCAAGCAUCCAUCAUUAGUUUUAGUACUGUUGUGAAUGCCUAACACUGUUGUGAAUGUAUAACAUAAUAAAUUAUAUUAAAAUAAACGUAAAUAAACUGAA